GUUUCCUCAAAACUAGCUGCAUGGCUAAGUCUACGAUAACACAGUGUGAAACUUUGCUCCAGACAGCGGGUGAAUUCACACUAACAGUUCAAGCUUAACCUUUCACGAAGUUAUGACGUGACGUCGGUGUCGGCGGCGACUGUUAACGGUUUUAAAUCUCCGCAUCACUGAACACAAGUGUCCGCACUGAGCAGGAUGCUAGCAUGUGUCGUUAGCAAACCACUGCAGGAAAUUAGCCCGUUAGCUUAGACAGCCAGCCAAACGCUAGUAUGAGGCUUAAUUUUUCUUCUUUAUGUUCAUACUCGAUUUAAAUAACAUCUGCGCAAUGGACCCCGAGGCGAUAGUGAUCCGUAUAAAAACGCCGUCAGGGGACAUGGACUCGUCCGUCGACUGUCCGUCUCUUCUGAACUUCAAUGACUUGCUGGUCGCAAUCAGAGAUGUCAUGCCAGAAGCCACUGUCACGGCCUUUGAAUAUGAGGAUGAGGUCGGGGACAGAAUCACUGUAAGAAGUGAUGAAGAACUCAAAGCCAUGUUGUCAUAUUACUGCAACACAAUGAAUGAACAACGCAUGAACGGACUGCUGCCGGACCCUUUGCAGAUUUUUCCACGAGCCGGCAAGACUCCAGGGAUCCGGAACAUACAUGGCCUGAAGGUUAAUACGAGACCUAACCCGGCCAACGACUGCACUCACGCCGUCCCAGACUCCAUGGCCAACAACAGCUUAAAAAAAUCAUCCGCUGAGCUGAAGAGGAUUCUGACAAAUGGGCAGCAGAUAAAUGCCCAAGAUAUCCACUAUCAAGAGCAGCUUGGUCAUGGAAACGGAGGCACAGUUUACAAAGCGUACCAUCUUCUUGGCAAGCGAGUUUUAGCUGUCAAGGUCAUUCCCCUGGAUAUCACGGUAGAAUUACAGAAGCAAAUCAUGUCAGAAUUAGAAAUCCUCUACAAGUGUGAUUCGCCCUACAUCAUCACUUUCUUCAGUGCCUUUUUUGUAGAGAACAGGAUAUCCAUAUGCACAGAAUUCAUGGAUGGUGGAUCUCUGGACGUGUACAAAAGAAUUCCAGAGCACGUGCUGGGGAGGAUCGCAGUGGCAGUAGUCAAAGGCCUGACAUAUCUGUGGAGCCUGAAGAUACUUCACAGAGAUGUCAAGCCCUCCAAUAUGCUGGUGAACACCCGGGGACAAGUCAAGCUCUGUGACUUUGGUGUCAGCACGCAGUUGGUGAAUUCGAUUGCCAAAACGUAUGUCGGAACGAAUGCAUACAUGGCGCCGGAAAGGAUAUCAGGCGAACAGUACGGUAUCCACGCAGAUGUCUGGAGUGUGGGAAUCUCUUUCAUGGAGUUGGCGCUAGGCAUGUUCCCCUAUCCGCAGAUUCAGAAAAACCAAGGAUCUUUAAUGCCUCUCCAGUUACUACAAUGCAUCGUUGAUGAGGAUCCUCCAGUUUUUCCUGUCGGCCAGUUCAGUGAGAAGUUUGUUCACUUCAUCACUCAGUGUAUGCGGCGACAACCCAAAGAGAGGCCUGCCCCUAAUAACCUCAUGGACCAUUCCUUCAUCAUACAGUAUAAUGACGGUAACGCAGAGGUGGUGUCCAUGUGGGUCUGUCGCUGUCUGGAGGAGAGACGAGCUCAGCAGGCUCAGGGACACGUGUGACGUCCUCCUGCUGUCCGCCAAUGAUGGACCAGGACGCUUGACCCCAGACCUUGAACACUUAUCAAAGGCUCCAGGGUCAAGUACGUCCAUAUGCACUGUACAAGUGACUUCACAUACAGGCGCAAAAAUCCCUAGAUGUUGAAUACUGUCUGUGAGUAAAUCUCACCUACAGUAUUUAUGUGUCGUGCGUCCUUUGAACUCUGCAUCUGAAUCUCUGCAUCCAAAAAGCACACAGAGAUCUGCGGCUUCUUCCCGGCGUGGGUCUCCACCCGCGGCUUCGUCCCCACGUUUUUUCUUGAGCGUUCAGAAAUGCGUCAAACUCUGAUGAAUGGAGGUAAACGGUCCCGACUUAAAGGAUCAGUGACAAUAACUUCAAAGCAUCAGACUGGGAUCCGCUGGCAGGGUUGUGCUUUGUUUCUAAGGAUGGUAUCUCAAAAAACCGUCUCGUGCUUUACUGUUGACAGUCCUCUAGUGAAUGUUAAGGUUUUUGCCUGUGAGUAACUGCCCAUGUGUGUGCCUGUUUUUACCAGUGGUGUAAUUUAUUACCUCAGCAAACUUAGGUUGUCACUGGAAUAGGAAAACUUCUCAACAACUUCCCAACCCCCUCGUCUCGUGAGGAAACAAAGCUCUGUCUCUGUCUGCAGGGGUGUUGAAAUGAACAACAAGCCUGCAGUAUCAAUGAGUUUGAAGCAGCUUUGCAGUUUUACACAGUGAAAUGAACCAUUAACGAGCAUCUUUUCUUGCUUAUCAAGCUUACUGACCAAACUAUUUCUUGCUCAUACUUAUCGGGAGGAACCAGGGUUUCUUUGUUUUUAACCUGUUUUUAACUGGGUUGCACACCUUCUGCUUUCCCCUUUGCACAGGAAAUUGUUAUUUGUUUGUCCCAGACAGAGAAACAGACACCAUAGCUCUCCUUAUAAACUAAACUAAGAUAUUGUUUUAACCACUUUCUCACCAGAAAAUCCUUACUUUUGCCAAAUAUGUCAUGUGUGAUACAGAAAGUAUACAGAUCAGUUGAUAUGCAGUGCUGUAGAGGAAGAACGGUAACACUUUAUAUGAAGGUAGACAAAGUCACCAUUAAUUGCUCAUUAGCGUGCAUGUUAGUAGCAUAUUGGCCCUUUAUUAGUCAUAAUUUAGGGCUUAUUAAUGCCUCUUCCUCAGGGUGAGGUUAUUAAGAUCAUAAUUAAUAUACAACAACUUCCUUACUUACUAUCAAUAAGCAGUAUUUGGGAGGUUAUUGCAGAAGGGCCAAUUAGCUGCAAACGUGCUUGCUGAUAAGCAGCUAGUUAAUGGUGAAAGUGUUACUGGGAGAACAUUAAUGCAGUGCACUUAACACCAAAGACCGGUGACAACCCACACGGUGAAUCGUAUGGAUUUCUCAUGAACGUCACGGGUUAAGUGACUGAACUGAAUGCUUUGACGAGGUCUUUAUGUGCAGCUGUUGAAAUGUGUCGUGCUCAAGUGCAAUUAAAUUCCAUUGCUUCCGCAAAGGCCCAGUAGUGACAUGAUGUGAUACAGUGUGAGCAUCGCUAGCAGCCCAUCAGCGCAGCAGAAGAGGCUGAAGGCAGCAGUUGAUCUUCCGUGUGGUGAGUCGUUUUCUUCAGUUCACUGUGCUCCUCUGUAACGACGAGGAGACACACGGAUGGUAGAUUUUAAUUUGCCCGUAAAUGAUCCGAAACUGAGAACACAUUUGUUGUCUGUAGAACUAUGUGCUCCGUCAUGUCGUUCAUAAUUUGGGAACUCUUGUUCUUACAUGACCAAGCCCACACUCAGCCUGUUUUUUAUCAUCUUGAUUGUCAGGCUUGUUAUUUCCAAAGCCAGUUAGCGUUUUUCUCACUAAAGUAACAUUAACUCUAAGAAACGACUCUACUCUGGGCAGGAAAUGAAAGAAAUACUGUGUGUGUCCCAGCUCCAUACUACACACUAAUUCUAAGCUAUUUUGGAAUAUGUAGUGUGUAUGUGUGCACACAAAAUUUAGUAUGGAAGAUGCAACUAUGAAUAUGAAAUUUGCCUGAUUUUAUUUUUUGUUUUUGUCUUGAUAAACGCUGUUGACCUGCGGUGCAGUGUGCAAAACUGAGGCCCAACAAAAAACUGAAAAACAAAACAUAUUGAAAACAAAACAUCUAAUUUGACAAAACGUUUAAACUCAAGGUCGACUUUUUCCAGAACAGGUAGACCACGAGAUGCAAUUCAAAAUUUUGGUGAAAGCUCGUUAGCAGUAAGUAUUUUUGUCAGGUGAGGAAUGAACAUUUACUCUUUGAACAAAUGUUUUGCCUCCUGUUGAUGCAGGAACAUUCAAAUCACAUGUAUCGUUUAUUAUAAACGCAAAAUUAUUAAGUACAAAAAUGUCUUGACGACUAACUGCAAAACGGUUUACCAGUAAAGUACUGGAUGGUGCAGACUGUGGGAUGGAAUUUGGACACAGCACCCCAAUGCAAUGGGUCACCGCUGCAUUGUGAUUGGUCAGUUCAACAGGUUUCGAUGUGGGAGGGAAGCGUAUCGCGGCGCCCUCUAUUGGUAGUGCUCUGAACUCAUCGAGACAAGAUUUCUCAGUGAAUUUGAUCCCAAACAUCAUUACAUAUUUUAUGGAAUCUUUUCCAUAUCUAACAGUUCAUUAUUGUUCAUAAACAUUUCUUAUUGUGUGUUUCGUUCUGUGUGACAGCAGUUAGGGUUUCAGUUCAUGAAGCCAGUCAUCCCUGACAAACUUUGUUACCAGCGGAGGUCUUGUGUGUCAUGGUCCCUCCCAUGUUAACAGAUUUCAUGAGUGCCAUUAUUUGCCUCAGAAACGGGAAAACGAGGCACAGCCUUUUUACUGUUAAUGUACUGUACAUAAAUUUACUUAAAUGUUGCAAAGGACGUCCGUGCAAGAUGCCAUUUUCAUAAAAGACUCUGAUAAUUAGUGAAACUCAAAAUUUGAAGAUGAUCCAGCAACUGAAAUGCAUCAACAUGUAUUUUCCAACAGUUGCACAAUGAAUAGAAUAUGUGCUCUGUAUUAUACCUCAUACAUUGUUAAAGGUGAGGUGAGUCAAUCCAGCAAAAGAAGCUGAUGUUCGUUGAAUUUGAAAUUCAGCGUCGCAGCUUGUUAUCUGUCCGUUCUGCGUUUACGCUGAAAAAAGAUUCAGUUUUUGUACACAGCCCUAACUCUGUAAAUGGGAACUGAGCCACACAACACUAUUCCAACCAGUCAGCUGGUUCAUCGUGCACAGAACAAGGAGAAGGGGAGGAGAGAUCUGGUGUGUUAACAUGUAAUUGUAUCGUCAUUGUGAUUCAUUCUCCAGAAUGACUCACCUCACCUUUAAUUAUACCCACCUGUCACUUUGGGUAAGUCAAAUUUGACCGAACUAUCAAUACGUCUGUGAGGUGUCCACCUUACAUUGAAUUGGCCUCAAAUGUAACUGAAGUUAUAGAUACUUAGUCUGGUAAAACUACUAAAUACAUGUGAAAUAAGUUUUGUGGCCUCCGGCUGCUGAUGAGCACUCUGCAGAUGUUGUUCUGAUAUUCUUUCAACUCAAAUGAAACCAAAAAGAAAAAAAAAAAAAUCUGAACAGAUGUAUGCGCACAUCUUUUAUGGUUUGUGUACUCAUUGACUGUGAUUUUUAAAUAUGCAUCUGCAGUAUCAGUGGAAAUAUUUAUUAUUUUUUUACUUUUCAGCCUGCUUAUAACAGACAUCACGACUUGUGACUCUUGCUCUGUUAUUUUUCCUGUUUUUGCCUAAACCAUGAAGCAUUAAGUCAGUGAUGGGACUCAGCAGAAAUAUUAGUGCUGCGAUGUUACUGGCUGAUUAUGGCCUUUUCUGUAAUUAUCUGUGUUGGCACAUAUUCCAACCAUAAUGCACAAAUAAUAAUAAAAGCUAUU